UUUAUACUCGUGCGUAGGUCCUACGGCGUAGCAGCGACGGCGUAGGUUCCGCGUCGGUUUUCAUUUAUACUUGUGCGUCGCCGUCCGCGUCGACGUGCAAAGACACGCGAAACCGCUGGUUGGCAGUAAUCACGCGUGUAACCACAGUAGCAGCAGAAGUCGUCACAGAAGAAGAAGCUAAGCAAGUUAACCCACAAACGAAGAAAAAAUAGCAACUUGUUGUGUAUAAUUUGAGAAGACCAGCAAUGAUGUAAGUAAAUAAACAGCGACUUAUGUUGCAGUUUUAGUUAAAUCACUCCUCGACUUGGCUCAUCUUUGUUUUCACCGUCUCAACCGGAAAUACCUAUGACGCAGUUUUUUUUACCUGACGGGAGGGGUUCUGGUGGACCAAUCACAGAGCUUGCGGUCCGCGUAGGUCCGACGCGCUGUUAGGAAUUUUGUGAGGUGCGCGUCAGGCUACGCAGAGCUACGCACAGGCUACGGAUAGCCUACGCCGUAGCUACGGCGUAGCACCUACGCACGACUAUAAAUCGCCCUUUACGUUCAAUUUGAGACUUUUAUUUUAAACGUAGGAGGCCAUUUUGAGUAACUGCUGUUGGUGUACUUCACAACACCACCGCUGUUUUCAAGUUUGCAGGUAUUUCAAAGCGCUUUAAUGUCUCGUUUUAAAAGAGGAGCACAUGUGGACUCUCGAGCAGGAUUUAGACAGGAGAAGGAAGACUGUCCUGUCCCAUAUGGAUUAUUAAAAUCUGCUAGAAAGAGUGGACAGCUCAAUUUAUCCGGGCGCGGUCUCACUGAAGUUCCUAAGAGUGUGUGGAGGUUGAACUUAGACACACCUGAAGAAGCCCAGCAGAACUUGUCUUUUGGAGCCGCAGAUCGCUGGUGGGAGCAGACAGAUUUAACCAAACUUCUGUUGUCCUCCAACAAACUUCAAAGCCUCUCUGAUGACGUCAAACUGCUCUCUGCACUGGUUGUCCUGGAUAUACAUGACAAUCAACUAAGCUCACUACCAGAAUCCAUUGGAGAACUAGAGCAACUGCAGAAGCUCAUACUGAGUCAUAAUAAACUGACAGAUUUGCCCGCCGGUCUCUGGAGACUUACGAAUCUACGAUGUCUCCAUCUGCAGCAGAACCAGAUGGAACGGCUUCCACAGGAUUUAGGGCAGCUGAUUCAUUUAGAUGACUUUGAUGUCUCCAACAAUCAAUUAACGGAUAUUCCGGAAAGCCUUUCAAAACUGACCAAUCUUGUCAAACUGAAUUUGUCCUGCAAUAGGCUGAAAAGUCUCCCUCCUGCAAUCAGUCAAAUGAAAAACAUAAGAAUGUUGGACUGCUCCCGAAAUCAGCUGGAAAGCGUCCCUCCCGUUCUGGCUCAGAUGGAGUCUCUCGAACAGCUGUACCUGAGACACAACAAGUUACGCCUUCUUCCAGAACUGCCCUGCUGUAAAACCCUCAAGGAACUACAUUGUGGGAACAACCAGAUUGAGGUAUUGGAGCCGGACCAUUUGAAGCACUUGAGUGCUUUAAGUUUCUUGGAGCUCAGAGAUAACAAGGUGAAGAGACUACCUGAAGAAAUAACUCUACUGGAAGGCCUGGAGCGGCUGGAUCUUACUAACAAUGAUGUCAGCAGCCUGCCUAGUGGACUUGGCACAUUACCCAAGCUUAAGUCAUUGUCUUUGGAGGGCAAUCCACUGAGGGCCAUCCGCAGAGACCUUCUGACUAAAGGCACUGGUGAACUACUAAAAUAUCUAAGGAGUCGAGUACAAGAGCAACCUGAUGGGGACUUCAAAGAAGAGCCAAAAACAGCAAUGACUCUACCAAGCCAGGCUAAGAUCAAUGUACAUGCCAUCAAAACACUGAAAACACUGGAUUACAGUGAGAAACAUGAGGCAUCAAUUCCCGAUGAGGUGUUUGAUGCAGUCGGUGACAGUGCUGUGACCAAUGUGAAUUUCAGCAAAAAUCAGCUAACCUCAGUUCCACAAAGAAUUACAGAGUUAAAGGACACUCUUGCUGACAUUAACCUUGGGUUUAACAAGCUAACAACUAUUCCAGUGGAAUUUUCAAAACUGCAGCUGCUGGUACAUAUAGAUCUCAGGAACAAUCUACUGAUCUCAUUGCCCAUGGAGCUGGAAGCACUAACUAAACUACGCAGUAUUAUUUUAUCUUUUAAUAAGUUCAAGUCUUUCCCAGAGGUGUUGUACCACAUCUCAUCUCUCGAGACCAUUUUAAUGUGUAACAAUCAAGUUGGAGGUAUCGAUCCUGUUCGACUGAAGAUCCUAAAUAGGCUGUCCACCCUAGAUUUGUCCAACAAUGACAUUAUGCAAGUGCCACCAGAACUUGGCAACUGUAUCAGUCUGAGAGCUCUAAUGCUUGAUGGGAAUCCUUUCCGUAAUCCAAGAGCUGCGGUCUUAAGUAAAGGAACGGAUGCUGUACUUGAGUAUCUCAGAAGUCGAAUUCCAGCGUAAUCUUCUCUUCAAUGUAAUUUCAAUCAUCACCAUUGCACAACAAUCAAUUCUUGUGCCAUAACAAUUACUACCAAAUCAAAUACUUCUUGUGUGCUACAUCUCAGUAGAAAUGUUCUUUUUUACAUUUCAAACACUGACCAAAACAAUUUACGUUUACAAUUAUCUCCUGCCACACUUGUCUUAACAUUUGAAUAAAAUUCAAAAAACAGAAUUUUCUAAUGAAAUCUUUUACAGAUAAACCAUCUGCAUGUUUGUACUGAAACUGACAUACCAACCAAAUAAAUAAAUAAAUAAAACUU